AUGAACCGUCAUAUCUAUAUCCCCGAGACUUCGCAGCGGUUUUUAGCCGGCCCGGGGGAGCAGCCCGGCCUUCGGGCUGGGUUGCGACCCAUGGCAAAGUCUAUCAAGUUACCGCCGGCCUCCACUCAGGAAGCCUCCCUGAUUCGAGACUUUGCGCCCAGUCAAGUCGACCAAACCCAACAGCUGACGGGACCCAGCAGCAGUAGCAGCAGUUGUUCAAAUAGUCCUUUUUCAGGGCUAACUUCCGAAUGUCAUUCGAUCACCACUCUUCGAGGCUCCACUCACUUCACUCUUGGCUACUGCCUUCCCUCUGUGACGCCAGCUCACUCCUGCAGCUUCCAGCACUCUUCCAGCUCUCUCCUGCACCUUCCAGCUCUCCUGCAACUUCCAGCAGUCUCCAGCUCACCCCUGCGGCGCUCUACUGACGUCCCGCGACCUAUUCCAGCACCCGCUGACGACCUUAUCCAGUGCCCACUGACGUCUAGCGCCCGUUAUCGUCCGGACACCGUUCAAACGACCUCUGUCUUCUUACCAUCCACCCUACUCAUCUCAGUUUCUUCAUAUCUAUGUUCCUUUUCUUUCUUGCUAUCAGUCGAUCUCAGUCUAGGCAUAUCUAUCUAUCUAUCUAUCUAUCUAUCUAUCUAUCUUUCUAUCUAUCUCUAUUCAUUUUUCCCUAUGCAUGUAUUUAUGCAUCUAUCUCAGUCUGUACAUAUCUAUCUAUCCAUCUCUCUCUCUCUCUCUCUAUCUAUCUAUCUAUCUAUCUCAUAUUAUUUCCUAUCUAUCUAUCUAUCUAUCUAUAUAUAUAUAUAUAUAUAUAUAUAUAUAUAUAUAUAUAUAUAA